AUGAAUUCUCACGGAGAAAGUGGUGAUAUCACCACUCAUUCUCGACGCAAAUAUAGCAGAGGUUCGUGCGUAUUUCAUCCAGAUGCAGUCACGGCAAAAACGAUUUCACGGCUUAGCCAAGGUGUGGCUCGCUUAUCCGCGAACGACAAUGAAGAAGGCGAUUCCAAGUCCAUUGAUGUAAAAUUGCAGCAUGAGGAAAUAUCACGACAUCCUUGGACUAGGAGUAAUGAGCACAACUUUUUCACUACUGGUCUGCCGAGUGAUACUUCCCCCUCAUUCGGAUUGCAUACACAGCGAAGCUCGGUGGCUCGAGUAAAGUUGUCGUUACCAACGUUGAAUACAGGGAGUAAACGAAGUUUCAGUUACGUCCUUGGAUCUUUUCGCCCACUUAAUAUGAACUCUUGUACAAACGCAAUGCGCCCUUCUCGAAAUGUAUCUUUCAAAACACGUUUUCCUUACCCCUCUUACUGUGAUGCGAUGUCGUCGGAUUCUUCAAUGCUUUCAAUCACUCCCCCUAGGUCGGAACCCACCGCUAGUUCGUCACCUGUUGUAACGAGUUCUCCAGAUGAGUCACAUGCGUAUUGCUUUCACUCUGUGCGUCGUCGGCGCUGGCGAAAGAGACGCAAGGAUUCGUGGCAUAGAAAGCGAGAAUCUCGCUCUGUCGGCGGAACUGACUACCGAUGGAAUAGCUGGCGCAAUCCCGCACUCUUACUUGACGGACGCGGUAGCGUCCAUCGUAUCAACCGAAGGUGUAAUGUCUUGGACCCGGAAGAGGAUUCAUCCGAGGAAGGACCCUUGAAGAAGGCAAGGGUCACCGAAAAGGUUUUUGAAAGCGUGCACCGUCGCAGGUGCCGUUGUGAUGACCUCCUCCGGAGGACGGCCUCGUUGUCACCAAGACGGUCCUAUCCUCGAUCCUGUUUCACGCAGCACGAAAAUAUGGUGGUCGAUAAUAAGAAGCAUCGAGACGAUGAAUGCAGCGACGAGACACCGGAACGUCGAGUUGGAGUGGCUCGAAUUGGGUCCAUUCGUCGCGGAAGACUAACUUAUGGGCCGAAGAGCUUCACCCUGGGCCCGAAACCAAUCACCCAAACAACCGCACUCCCGAAGCAGAACUACGACAUGUUUGAACCACCAAUAUCAGUUAAAUGCGACCACAAUUUUUAUGGGCAUACAGACAGGGAAUUAUGCAUUAUAAACACUGAACUGAGAAGGUGCAGAAAGAACUUGGAGGAAGUUACUGAGGGUAUUCUGAAGGAAUAUGCCAACAGCCAAAUGAUCUUCAACCCAAUGGUUCUUGAGACUGCAAUGAAACUGUCAAGCUUUGUUGUGGAAAUUAAAAGAAAGUACCUCGGUUGA